AGUGACGUGUAGCUGUGUUGACAUUGCGUACGUGUGAAUUUUAUGUCUGUAAAUGGGGCAGUCACAACAUGAACGUAAUGUCCAUGUAACGUGUUUCGUAUGGCACGCUGUUGCUGCAGACGUGGUCUGGAGUUUGAUGACUCAAAUGAGAAAUUAAUUGAUUUUUUAUAUAAAGGUGCACCUGAUACUAAAGGGGAAGCAGAGCGCGUGCAGCGUGAAGUUCAACGUCAAGUGGACGCGGGACGUGCGUUAUUAUGCCACGAGACAACAUGACUUCCACAGUCCAGAGAGUCGCCAAACAGGCGCUAACGACGUUCCGAACCCCUUCUGUAGCGAGCGAGCACAACAAAGUGUUUUCAGAAAACCUAAGCAAACUGAAAGCCCUUUUGUCGGAGGUCAGAGCGGCUGAUUUGAAGAUCGUACCCCGAAGCAUUGAGAGCUCCCCGAUUCCGCCCUCGCGCAUCGCGCCUCCAGUCACGUACAUGCACAUCUAUCAGUCCGACGCGUUUAGCAUUGGUGUGUUUCUGUUAAAAACGGGUGCUUCCAUACCACUGCAUGAUCAUCCGGGAAUGUACGGUAUGCUAAAGGUGAUCUACGGAAAGGUCCGAAUCAGCUGUUUCGACAGGCUGGAUAAACCCAGGGACGGUGCCAGCGGUGUGCAGUUCAACCCUCCGUUAAUGCCCUUCCAGAGAAGUUCUCUGAGACCCACUGUGCUGAAAUCGGUGGGUGAAUACACGGAAGAGAGCAGCCCUUGUGUGCUGUCUCCUCAGAAGGACAAUAUCCAUCAGAUAGACGCUGUAGAUGGACCCACCGCUUUCCUGGACAUUUUGGCACCACCCUAUGACCCGGAUGACGGCAGAGACUGUCACUAUUACAAAAUCUUGCAUGCGCAUUCUGAGGCCGCAGAUAGGAAGAACGAAGCCCAGGGACAGGGGGACUUGUGGCUUAUGGAAACGCCGCAGCCUAAUGAAUUCUGGUGUGGCGGUGAACCUUACCCGGGGCCUAAUGUUUCCCUUUGAAGGAUUUUAUUAAUAAGCACGUGGUGAUUAAAGACAUUUCAUGUUAUUUCUUUGUAUGGCCUGAUAGCAUUUCAAUCAAGCAUUUAUUAUGUGGAAUAAUAGAAAUGUAUCAACACCUGUAAUUAUACAACCCUGAUGCACUUACGUUCAGUUGCUGUCUUGAACCCAGUUGUUUUUUGACCAUUUAUAUUGUUAAGGGAUUAAGUCCAUAAAUGUAUGAUAUUUGCCUGCAAACUGUGUCUUGAGUUUCUGUCUUAAAGAGUGGUUUCACUAGCUCAUGCUAUUUAAAUAUGUACAGCAAAUGUAAGAUUUGGUUUAACAGCUCUUAUGACAAAAGAGUGGAACCCUAUUCAUCCUCCAUGUUGUAAUGUAUUAAUCCAUCAAUAGGACCAACAAAUAUGUUUAGCAAUAGGACUACACUGGAUAUUGCCCUGAAUACUAAACAUGAUUAAAACAAACAUAUAGUUGAGCACUUACUCAGAUGAAACUCAUUUUUAUAAAUGUUAUAUUUAAUGACUUAAUCCUGUUAUGCAACAGUCUUUACUAAUAAAGCAUAAGACAGUGA